UUCUUCUUCUUCAAACUAUAAUAAUAAAAUAAUAAUCAAAACCUCAUAAAUUUCCCUUUAAAUUAUUUGGAAAAUUUAAAUUAAAAAAAAUGAAGUGGGGUAGAAAGAAAUCAUCUUCACCUUCUUCUUCUUCAUCUCACUCCUCUAUAAUAUCUCGUGUUUUUCCAGUUUCUUCUUGGCUGUCCAAAUUCAGACAAAAAAAAUUCGAUCUUGAUGUUAACAAACCAGACAAUAAGAAGCCAUGUUUGUCUGAUUCUGGUUGGGAGAAAGGGAUGAGAUUCUACAGCAUGGAUGAAGACGAUGCUUAUUGGAAGCUUUCUUUUCGCGAACAAGAAGAAGAAGAAAUGGUGAAAGCCAGAAAAAGUACAGGUGGCAUUAACCCUGUUUGGGGUCGUGGUUUCGAUCAAUUUCGUGUUGGUUCGAGAGAAAUGGAGUUUACGAAAAGGGUCGAUGAAUUGAAGUUCAGCGAGAUGGUUUCCGAGGUAAAGAAGACAAAAGAGAGAGAAAAACUCAUGCAGAAGAGCUCAACAAAGGCGGAUUGCGCGUUCGAUGAAAUUAUUAGGGUUAAGACGAUAAGCGGAGAAUCGCGUGGGAGAAAGAAUUGUAAUAGGGUGAAGGUGAAAGCGUAUUCGCCGAGGACAGAGUGCAAAAUUAGAGCGAUCGAAGAGAUGAAGAAAGCGAGGAUGAGAAUGAAGAAGAAGAUGGAAAAUGGUGCGGAGGGCAAAACGGUCUUUGACAGCUUUGCGGUGGUGAAGAGUUCGUUUGAUCCGGAACGGGAUUUUAGGGAAUCGAUGGCAGAGAUGAUAAGGGAGAGGGGAAUAUUCCGGCCGGAGGAUCUUGAAAAGCUAUUGGCUUGUUAUUUGACGUUGAAUUGUGACGAGUACCAUGACGUCAUCAUCUCGGUUUUUCGGGAGGUGUGGAUGGAGAUGAACGGGGUUUAUAAUAACGAUUAUCGGAUGCAGAACGAACGAUUGUUUUGAUUCGUAGGAGAAGUGUUUAGAGUGUUAAUUAGCAAUGCUUUUAUUUUAAUGUUAUAAGAUUGUGAACAAAAAUUAUCUCUUACAUUAGUAGCAAAUGUUAAAUUUUAUUUGAAAUUGAUAAAUUAAGGU